CUCGAGGCUUUUCCUGUCUGGUUGUAAAAUGGCGCAUUGUUGUCACAUCUGCACCGCGGCUCUUUGACUCAGCUUAUGAGGCUGAUUAGUUUAUUAAACCAGACAUGCGCUUCAUGAUGUGACUGACGCAUAGCUUGGAUAUAAAUUGAACCGCGAUUCAUUCAUUUGCACGCAUGCUUCGUCUGUAACGUUGCUUGCUCUGUAGACGUUGCUUGUUAGCAUUAGCAACAUUUUACUUGCUAACAUCCACUGUGCUUUUUUUUAAUAUAGAACAGCGGUACAGAUACAUCGAUCAUGGGCUAUUUAAAACUGAUAGAGAUCGAGAACUUCAAGUCGUACAAAGGAAGGCAGAUCAUUGGACCUUUUCACAAGUUCACUGCGAUCAUCGGACCCAAUGGAUCUGGAAAGUCCAACCUCAUGGACGCCAUUAGCUUCGUGCUGGCGGAGAAGACCAGUAACCUGCGUGUGAAGACUCUGAAGGAUCUCAUCCACGGAGCGCCUGUGGGGAAGCCGGCUGCCAACAGGGCCUUUGUCAGUAUGGUGUACCAGGAGGAUAAUGGGGAGGAGCGCUCCUUCACAAGGGCCAUUAUUGGUUCCUCCUCUGAGUACCGCAUCAACAACAAGGUGGUGGGCCUGCCUGAAUACAGCGAGGAGCUGGAAAAACUCGGCAUCCUGAUCAAAGCUAGGAACUUCCUGGUCUUUCAGGGAGCUGUGGAGUCCAUUGCAAUGAAGAAUCCCAAGGAGCGUACAGCUCUGUUUGAGGAGAUCUCCCGUUCCGGAGAGCUGGCGCAGGAGUAUGACCGCAGGAAGAAGGAGAUGGUGAAGGCAGAAGAGGACACCCAGUUCAAUUAUCAUCGCAAGAAAAACAUUGCUGCAGAGCGCAAAGAAGCCAAGCAAGAGAAAGAGGAGGCUGAGCGUUACCAGCGUCUGAAGGACGAAGUAGCCAGGGCCAGUGUUCAGCUGCAGCUCUUCAAGCUAUACCACAAUGAGACUGAGAUCGAGAAGCUAAACAAAGAGCUGGCCCAGCGGAACAAGGAGAUCGAUAAGGACCGUAAAAAAAUGGACCAUGUGGAGGAGGAGCUGAAGGACAAGAAGAAGGAGCUGGGCCGGCUGAUGAGGGAACAGCAGACCAUUGAGAAAGAAAUCAAAGAGAAAGACUCUGAGCUGAACCAAAAGAGGCCGCAGUACAUUAAGGCUAAAGAGAACACCUCCCACAAGAUCAAGAAGCUUGAGGCCGCGCGUAAGUCAUUGCAAAAUGCCCAGAAGAUGUACAAGAAACGCAAAGGAGACAUGGAUGAGCUGGAUAAAGAGAUGAAAGCGGUGGAGUUGACCAAGCAAGAGUUUGAGGAGAGAAUGGAGGAGGAGGCGCAGAGCCAGGGCCAGGACCUCACCCUGGAGGAAAAUCAGGUCAAGCAGUACCACCGUCUGAAGGAGGAGGCCAGUAAACGUGCUGCUACGCUGGCACAGGAGCUGGAGAAGUUCAACCGUGAUCAGAAGGCCGACCAGGACCGCCUUGACUUGGAGGAGAGGAAGAAAGUGGAGACGGAGGCCAAAAUCAAACAGAAGAUCCGGGAAAUUGAGGAAAACCAGAAACGUAUUGAGAAAUUAGAUGACUAUAUCACCACUAGCAAGCAGUCAUUAGAUGAGCAGAAGCGCAUGGAGGAGGAGCUGACUGAGGAGGUGGAGGGCGCCAAGAGGAGGAUUGAUGAGAUCAACACGGAGCUAAAUCAGGUAAUGGAGCAGCUGGGAGAUGCCAGAAUCGACAGGCAGGAGAACAGUCGCCAGCAGCGCAAGGCUGAGAUCAUGGAGAGUAUCAAACGACUGUACCCCGGCUCUGUGUAUGGUCGUCUAAUCGACCUGUGUCAGCCCACUCAGAAGAAGUAUCAGAUUGCUGUGACUAAAGUGUUGGGCAAGAACAUGGACGCCAUCAUUGUUGACUCUGAGAAGACCGGCAGAGACUGUAUUCAAUACAUCAAAGAGCAGAGAGGAGAGCCGGAGACCUUCCUGCCUCUCGACUACCUUGAGGUGAAACCAACAGAUGAGAAACUGCGAGAGUUGAGAGGAGCCAAGCUGGUGAUUGAUGUGAUUCGCUAUGAACCCCCCCACAUCAAGAAAGCCCUGCAGUACGCAUGUGGAAACGCCCUGGUCUGUGACAACGUAGAAGAUGCAAGAAGGAUUGCGUUUGGAGGGCCAUACAGACACAAGACAGUCGCCCUGGACGGUACUCUGUUCCAGAAGUCUGGAGUCAUCUCUGGAGGAGCCAGCGACCUGAAGGCCAAGGCCAGGCGCUGGGAUGAGAAAGCGGUGGACAAGCUCAAGGAAAAGAAAGAAAAACUCACAGAAGAGCUCAAGGAGCAAAUGAAGGCCAAGAGGAAGGAGGCUGAGCUGCGUCAGGUUCAGUCUCAGGCCCACGGUCUGCAGAUGAGACUCAAGUACUCCCAGAGUGACCUGGAACAGACAAAAACCCGCCACCUCUCCCUCAACAUGCAGGAGAAGUCUAAGCUAGAGAGUGAAUUGGCAAACUUUGGCCCCCGCAUCAACGACAUCAAGAGAAUCAUCCACUCCAGAGAGAGGGAGAUCACUGACCUACGGGACCGCAUGAACCUGGUGGAGGAUGAGGUGUUUGUGGAAUUCUGCGAAGAGAUCGGAGUGAGGAACAUCCGAGAGUUUGAGGAGGAGAAGGUGAAGAGGCAGAAUGAGAUUGCAAAGAAGCGUCUUGAGUUUGAGACCCAGAAAACUCGUCUGGGGAUCCAGGUCGACUACGAGAAGAACCAGCUGAAGGAGGACCAGGAGAAAGUGACGAUGUGGGAGCAAACCGUCAAGAAGGAUGAGGCUGAAAUAGAGCGGCUUAAAAAGGAGGAGCACAGACACAUGAAGAUCAUUGAUGAGACAAUGGCCCAGCUACAGGACCUGAAGAACCAGCACCUCACCAAGAAAUCUGAAGUCAACGAUAAAAACCACGAGAUGGAGGAGAUCCGCAAAAAACUGGGUGGCGCCAACAAGGAGUUGACUCAGCUCCAGAAGGAGGUGACGGCCAUUGAGACUAAACUGGAACAGAAGCGCAGUGACCGUCACAACCUGCUGCAAGCCUGCAAAAUGCAGGACAUCCGGUUGCCUCUUCGCUCUGGAACUAUGGACGAUAUCAGCCAGGGAGAGGGGAGCUCGCAAACAGAGGAGACCAGCAGCCAGAGGACGUCCAGUACUGUUCUGGCUAAAGAGGCUCUCAUCGAAAUUGACUACAGCAUCCUGACUGAAGACCUCAAGGAUACGCUUGCGGAAGAUGAGAUCAAGGGAGAGACAAACGCACUGCAGCAGCGUCUGAACGAGCAGCAGAGCAUCUUGCAGAGGAUCAGUGCACCCAACAUGAAGGCCAUGGAGAAGCUCGAGAGCGUCAGGGACAAGUUCCAGGAGACCAGUGAUGAGUUUGAAGCUGCUCGUAAGAGAGCCAAGAAAGCCAAACAAGCCUUUGAGCAGAUUAAAAAGGAAAGGUACGACAGAUUCAAUACCUGCUUUGAGUCCGUGGCCACCAACAUUGAUGAGAUCUACAAAUCCCUCUCACGCAACAGCAGUGCCCAGGCUUUCCUGGGCCCAGAGAACCCAGAGGAGCCGUACCUGGAUGGCAUCAACUAUAACUGCGUGGCUCCAGGGAAGAGGUUCAGACCCAUGGACAACCUGUCGGGAGGAGAGAAGACAGUAGCUGCCCUCGCUCUGCUCUUUGCCAUUCACAGCUACAAACCCGCUCCCUUCUUUGUCCUGGAUGAGAUCGACGCUGCUCUGGACAACACUAACAUCGGCAAGGUGGCCAAUUACAUCAAAGACCAGUCCGUGCUGAACUUCCAGGCCAUCGUCAUUUCGCUCAAGGAGGAAUUCUACACCAAGGCCGACUCGCUCAUCGGUGUUUAUCCAGAGCAAGGAGAUUGCGUCAUCAGCAAAGUCCUCACCUUUGACCUCUCUCAGUAUCCUGACGCCAACCCGAAUCCCAAUGAAUAGGACCAGGCACUUCCAACUGGUAUUUAGUGAGAUGGAUGCUCAUGUACUCUAUAGACACAGAUCACGUAUCCAUUAGGUCCCACAUGUUAUUUCCUAUUGUUUUUUUUAAUGUGUAUGUAUUUUUGGGAUUUGUUAGAUUAGUAAAUUCUUUUUUUUUGUUGGGUGGUUGUUCUUUAUAAGCUGCAACAACCAGGAUGUAUGUACAUUUCUACAAAUCAGCCCUUUCUCAAUUUGGCCAAACACGAGUCGUUAUGAUAACGAAUCAUGAUAUCAAAGCUUUUUAACAAACAAGUUUUUAUCUUGAGCAAAAAUGUGUUGAAAUGACCUGAAACAAGUUUUAGCUCUCAUAACUUUUAUACUGCCCUCUUUUCAAUGGUGUGGUUUAAAGCCUGUCUUCUGUCGUGUGAACUAAAAGAUGUAUUUUCAUUUUUCUUAUGUGACCUUUUUAAAAGCUUAACCAUGAAACUGAUGCUACAGAUUGAAUACAAUACAGAUACAUUCCCAUGUGGUAGCUGAAACUGGCAAUGCUAUAAUGGGGCUUUGUCAAAACCACAAUCGUGAAACUCAAAGAAAAUGUGCAGCGGUGUCUGUAUAUUCCCAGAGUGAUUCAGAAUCAGCUUUAAGCAAAUGGAAAAAAUUGAUGUAAGUGAGAAUAUUCUGUCCGGGCUGUUUUGUUGUUGUUUUUUUUCUGCUUUUGAUCGCUUUGCUUCAAUAAAUAAAAUUGAAUUAUUUAA